AGUGGUGUUCCCCCUUAAUUCAUUGUCAUAAAAUUUUUAUGGUUUUUGUCAAAAGUUAUUAAAAUUGUAUACGGUUUUGACUUAAAUAUUGUGGUUUUCAUAUUACUAUUUUAAAAACAAACUUUUUGAAUGCACAAUAAAAGGAUAAACUAUAUGUUCAAAAAAAUAAAAAUUUAGAUUCUUUCAGAAUUUUAGAAUAAAAUUUGAUGUUAUAACAUAUAACAGAUAUAUCUGUCAAAAAAAAAGUCGAUAAUUAAGAAAAUAUUCUUAUUGACAAGUUUCAAGUUGGCACAUGCGCACGUAUUUAUUUAUCCACCCAUGAGUUCAUGAGUUUAUUUGUUAUUUUUGUAUAACCUUCAAAUAGUUCAUGUGUGUUAAACAUGCAAGAUGUAAACAUGUAAAAAGCAAAAAAAAAACAUCAAAACUUACUGAUUGGAAACUGAUUGCACAAAACAUACUGAUUGCAUAAAAAAGAAAAUAUUUUAGUUUAUUAUUGUGAGUAAAUAAUUGAAAAAAUGUGGUUAUUAAUUGAUAGCAGUGAAAAUAUAAAAGAAUUAAAAACCGGUGAUACCAUAAUAUUCGGACGUAGCAGUACAGAUAUUGUAUUGUCAAAUGAUGCUUCAAUAAGUCGUAAUCAUGCUAGGUUGGAAGUAUCUACCAUAAAUGGCAUUGAAAAAGUUAUUAUUAAAGAUUCAAAUUCAAAAUAUGGUACUUAUUUAUUAAAAAAUAAUGAGGACGGCAAACCGCUUAAAAUUACCAAUGAAGGCUAUGAAAUAAAAAAUGAUGAUAGAAUACGUUUUGGUUUACGCAAUCAUAUUUUUUCAUUAAUUUUUAAACCAAAGAUAAAAUAUCACGUAUUGAUUUCACGUGUUCAUGAAAAUGAUAAAAACAAUCUGCAAAAAAUAUUUGACAUAAUUGGCGGGAAAAUGUUGAACUCAUGGAGUGACAGUUGUACGCAUUUGACAACAACUAAAACAGGUAUUACAGAAAAAGUUGCUUGCGCAUUAGCAUCAGGGAUUCCGAUUGUCAAUAUUAAUUAUUGGAAUGAUGUAUUGAAAGCUCAGGAACAAAAAUCAACUGUCCCUGAUCCUACUAAAUACAUGCCGCCGCUGGAUAAUUCAUUUUUAGAUGACAAACAAGCAUCUCUGUCACCUAAUUCAUUGCGCAAGAAGAUUUUUGAUGGUCUUGUUUUUUAUCAUUUUGAAAAAAAACAGUGUGACUUGUAUUCGACUAUGAUCAGAUUGGCCGGUGGGCGAUCUCUCGAGUUUAAUAAAACAUGUAAAAUAAAAGAUUGUGUUAAGGAUAAUGUCAUCAUUGUUUUGCCACCAGAUGACAUUAAAACUCAGUCAUGGUCAUUAGAAAAUUUUCAGAAAAUUUCCAUGGAGUUGACGCUCUAUAAAUUACGAGCGAUUCCAUCAACAGAAAUAGCAUUGGCUAUUUUUUAUUGUUCAAUUGAAAAGUUUUGCAAUCCCAGAUUUAAAUAUAAAAAAUUAUUGAAAUCAACAAAGAUGUCAGCAGAGGAUCAGACUAAAUCUCCGAUUAUUGCAGAAGACUCUCAGGGCGUGGAUACUUCACCGAAUAUUUUAAAAAGUCAAAGAAUCAUUCCUGAAACUGUUCCACUAGAUUCUUCAGUAACUGAAAAUCCAGUUGGUAAAUCACAAAAACGGAAAUCGGAAGAUAACAUUGGUGCCAGUAAAAAAAUUCAAAAAAAAACUGAAGAACAUACAAAUUUAUUAGAAUUAUCUUCACGAAAAAUAAAAAAUACCGAACUAGAUAGUAAGAAGAAAAAUGAUAAAGUUAAUGACGAAAUUCAAGGUGAAAAUCAAAUUCAAGCUUCGAUUAAAGAAGAAAUUAUUUUUUCUGAUAAUGAUGAAAUGGUUGAGUUAGCACAAGUCCAAAAGUCUGUUCCUAAAAAUAAAGCCAACGAUUUACGUACACAAAGUAAGAAAAAUCUAAUGAAUAAUGAUAAUGAUCGAAUUCAAGAGUCGACGAUAAAUAAAAACUUAACAGUUAAUGGUAAAAUGAAUGAAAAAACAGAUGAUUCCACAGCAAAAUUACGUGAAAAUCUGGUUGAGACUUCAGCCAAAAAGAAACGUAAAGAUUGUGCUGAUGAUAUUCCAGUAAAUGAUGAUAAGAAAAAUAGCAGCUCUGCAUCAAAAAAAAUUAAAUUAAUCCAUAAUCGUGAAGAUAAUAAUAAAUCAGCAUGGAAUAUUUUAUUACGUCCUUCGCAAACUGAAAAUAAUUCACGUAACACCAGUAAGAAGAUUGUUAAUGAUAAAAAAAAUAUUUUGGAUGCAGAAGAAGUUCCAGAUAGCGACGAUGAUUCUGUACAAAACAUCAAAACACCUUUAAAGAAUUUUGAUGACAAAAAUACUAAACAAAAAGAAACACGUGGAAGUUGGACCAAUGAACAAAAAAACGGUAAAGAAAAGAGAAAUGAUGUUAGCAUGAAAUCUAGUUUGGUGGAAUUCAUUUUCAUCAAGUUAAGAGAUACUCCAAGUAAGCCAAAAGUGAAUUCCUGUAGAAGAAAUCAAUAUCGCAUACCAAAAACAAGAUUAAGGCGUGAAGAUAUGUACAUGUGGGAGCAAGCAAAAUAAUUACUCAAGUACUAUCAAGAUUAUGCAGAUUUUAAUAUAAUUAUUUAACAUUAUUAAUGUGGAUUGUAACACAGGGUUGAAUUAUUAAAAAUUUUUGUUUACCUUUUAA